AAACCGCCAACCCUUUAGGAGACAUCUGGAGUGCAUAAUCCAUACAUUGCCGAUUCGGACAUAAUUGGAUACAGAGUCCUCGGCAUAUCGGCCUUGUUUUUGCCUUAGGAUAAUGGCCCUACUUCGCUACCAAAAGAAGCCCUUUUACAGUACCUCCAUUGCAAAACAUUCACCCACUUGCAAACCCGCAAACCCCUGUCGGCAACUACAGGAAAUUUUCAUUACGUUCCACAACCUGAAGAUCGUUCGUUUAUCGGGUGGAGAGAUCGACAAGGAAAUGAGACAGAUACACUGUGGACACAAGAUCUACUUGCCUUUUUUAGUUCUGAAGACCGCAGUCUCAUACCCGGGCUUUCCUUCGUUAUGGCUAUUUUAGGACGUUCUACUUUCUUCUUUGGCUCCUCCAGGAGGAGCAAGCGGUAUACCCUCCGAUAAUUACCUUUUUGAGCGAAACCGUUGUAGUUGUUUCCAUGGUCUGAACGAUUUCUCAAUCGGCUGUUGUGAUUUUGGUAUGAACCAGGUUGUGCGAUCUCGGCCUUAAGGCGAGGUCUCUACGUGGGGUUCCGGUGAAACGGAUAUCGGCUGGGUUGCUUUACCUAAGAGGGGCGCUGAAUUGGUUCCGAUGGUGAAGUUGGAUGCUUUGUGGAGGUUUUGUUUUUCGCUUCGUAAGGCUGUAUUGGAAGUUGUGUCAAUGUAGUAUUUUUUUUUGUGUUUUUUUUCUACCGAGGUAUAGUACCA